AUGUGUUAUUCAAGAAUAAUAAAAAUUUUGUUCGGCAUUAAUGAUCUUAAUGCAAACAUCAUUAACUCACCUCCUACACCUCCCACAACUUUAUCUGAUUACAAUUCUUCUGAAGAUGAUAAUUCUUCUCUUGAUGAUGAUGGUUUACUCAAAAAAAAUAAUACCUUCACUAAUAACAAUGUUCAUAAAAGAAAAGUUACUGAUCUUAUUAACUCUAAUAAACGGCAUUGUAACAGCGAGAGAGUUCCUCCUAUUGAAGAUUAUAUUAUUUUUCCUGGACGACAACAACAACACCAUAAUCUCCAAUCCGAUCUUGUUUGGAAUAAUAAUUAUGGCAAUGAAAGUAGAAGAAGCAGCCUAACUUUUGAAGCUCAAGUUCAUAUUUAUCCAAAUAACUCUGGUAGUGAUAGUACUAGCAAUAAUCAUCUCAUCGAAACCCCUCGUUCUCCUUUACCUCCAGUUUAUUCUAAUAAUCAUUAUAGAAAAAUAUUCUAUGGCGCAGGUCAUAUAAAGGCAUCAAAAAAUUGUGCAACUUCAAAUCAUUGA